CAGUAUAGCAGACGACAUUGUAACUUAACGGUCUCUCGAAGAAACUUAAGAAAUUAGCCCAACUUUUGCCGGCAAGAUGUCAUCGAAAACAUGCUGGCCCCCAAAGAGGCAAAGACUUGUUGAAAUGGGAGCAGAUGGAGUGUGUAACAUCAUAUCACCCAAUGGAGGAUUACAGCCAUUGACAACCAGACCUCAAGCCACAGUGGAAAUGACAGGUUCACCAGCUUUUAUGGCAUCUUCCCAAAAUGCCUCAAACUUGACAACCACUCUUUUACAAAUAUCACCUUAUAGGACACAACAAAGUUCAGGUGGUCAGAAGUUGUCUCUGUGUAAUUCAAGCCUGGAUAUGGAGAGUGAGAUGGUAGAUCAGGCUCUGGACAGUGUGGCAAGUCUUCCCGAUGCAGUCAGUGAAGCGGUCUUGAUGCAUAAAGACCAGUCCACAGAAAUUCAACGACAACAUGUCAUACUGGACACCCUCAGGGGAAAGUUUAAAGAAGCACAAAAGAGACGUGAAGCAACUCUAGAGGACAUAGCUCAUGUGACGAGACAAAUAUAUCUUACUGAGGAUCGGGUGUUAGAGAAGAAACGGCUCUGUGAAGCACAUGAAACAAAGCUAAACUAUUUGCUCUCAAAAGUUGAGGAAUUGAAAUCACGGCUGGUUAGAGAGAUGCAAGAAAAGAAAUUAACACAGGAAAAAUUUCAGGAGUACAGAAAAAAGAUGGUGGUCCACAGAGAGCUAACACAUAAAUAUGAAGAGGAGUUUCCAGUUCAGAAGAAAUUGCGGGAAAUGAAACUCGAAGUGACAGAACUAAGAAAUCUACGUGAAGGCAUUACAUCCAACAAAGCAGAGACAGAAAGAAUAACUUCAGGGGCAGCUGUUCAAGACUUGCAUCAGCAGCAACAAAACCUAGAACAGGAGUGCCAGCAAGUUGAGAAGAGAAUAGCAGAACUUAAAUCAGAAAUUGCUGAACAACAAGCCAAGGAGACCCAGAUUACUCAGAAUACUGAAGUUUUGCACAAGAGGAAUGCAGCCCAGUUGACACGCCUCAAGCGCCAGCUGAAGGAAGUACAGUCUCACAACCGCCAGUGGCAGGAGAAAGCAGCACAGCUCCGUCAGCUGGUCUCUCAGGUCAGAAGACACCUAGAAGAGUGAAGUGCAAACGGGGAGGCUGGAUGUCCAAACAGGUGAUAUCCAGAGGAGUUAACAAGAUGCCUUUAGGGGUUAACAGGGGAUGACUGGAGGAGGAAACAGAGGAUGACUGGAGGAGGAAAUAGGAUGGCUGGAGGACAAAAUGGCGGAUGGCUGGAGGAGGAAAUGAGGGAUGGCUGGAGGAGAGAAUAGGGGAUGACUUGAGGGGGAAUCAGGAUGGCUGGAGGAGGAAAUGAGAUGGCUGUAGGAGUUAACAGGGGGUGGCUGGAUGAGGAAACAUGAUUGCUAGAGAAGCUGGAGGAGGAACAGGGUAUGGCUGGAGGGGGAAACAGGGUAUGACUGGAGGAGGAAAUAGGAUGGCUGGAGGACAAAAUGGCGGAUGGCUGGAGGAGGAAACGAGGGAUGGCUGGAGGACAAAAAGGGAUGGCUGGAGGAGAGAAUAGGGGAUGACUUGAGGGGGAAUCAGGAUGGCUGGAGGAGGAAAUGAGAUGGCUGUAGGA